ACUGAGUUUGCUACUGAAGUGAAGUGAGACAUGGCUGCUGAACUUGUGAUCGGGUCUCUUCUCUCUUCUUCUUUUGAUUUUUUGCUGGAAAAGAUUGCUUCUCCUUAUGUUGAGGAGUUCUUCUUCAAGGGAAAUAAAAGUUGUGUUUCUGAGAGGCUUUUCAAGUUGAAGUCAACGUUCAACUGUCUCGCUGCUGUUCGUUUCGAGGUGGAGAACAAGAAAAUCAAAAACCCUGCUGUGGAGAUGUGGCUGGACGAUCUUCUCGACGCCGUGGAUGAUGCAGAGGACUUCUUUGGCGAUGUUGAAUAUGAUGCUCUCAAACCGAAGAAAGCUGCUGAGUCAAGGAAAGCCAGAAGAAAGGCAAGUAAGUUACUCUCUCGUUUCUUCUCCAAACCUUCGAAUUCAAUUGAUCGUAAAAGAAACACCGAUAUGGAAGAGAUUCUUCUGAGAUUGGAGUUGUUGGCAAAUCAAAUUGGAAUCUUGAAUCUAGAAAACAAUGUUGUUGAGGUGAAACCAUCAGAAAUGUUGUUUGUUAAGACUUCACUGCCGGAUGAACCUGAAGUUUAUGGUAGAGAGAAUGACAAGGAUGCUUUAAUGAAGUCUUUGACAUCGGAUAAAUUUGACGUCAUUCCCAUAGUGGGAAUGGGUGGGAUUGGAAAAACUACCCUUGCUCAAACCCUUUUCAAUGAUGAAGAAGUGAUGAAGAUGUUUGAACUUAAGGUCUGGGUGUACGUUUCUGAUAAAUUUGACGCCAUGGCUGUGACAAAAACCAUUCUUCAACAAGUAGCUCCGGAUGAUGCUCGUAAUGACAUGGAUUUGAAUUCGCUUCAAGUCAAUUUGGCAAAGAAGUUAAUGGGAAAAAAGUUUUUGAUUGUUCUAGACGAUGCUUGGGCGGAUGAUUAUGUUCAGUGGAAGGAAGUGAUGAAGCCUUUCAAGGAUGGAGCCAAAGGCAGCAAAAUAGUAGUAACAACAAGAAACAAGACAGUUGCGGAUAGCAUUGGAACUGUUGAUCCACACUAUCUUAAAGAAUUAUCAAAAGAUGAGUGUUGGGAACUAUUUGCAAAACAUGCUUCUCGGGGAAAUCUUAAUAUGUUUAUUGAGAAUCCAAGAUUGGAAAGUAUUGGCAGAGAUAUUGCUAAGAAAUGUAAUGGCUUGCCUUUAGCUGCUAAAGUUCUAGGAGGCCUCUUGAGAUCGACGUUGGAUGCUGAGAAGUGGGAACAAAUAGCAACGAGUAAUAUUUGGGAGUUGACAGAUAAAAGGAGCAAGAUUCUUCCUGCGGCCUUAGAAGUGAGCUACCGCUAUCUUCCUGCACACUUGAAAAAGUGUUUUGCUUAUUGCUCAAUAUUCCCAAAAGGCUAUAGAUUUCAAAGACAGGAACUAGUCUUAAUAUGGAUGGCAGAAAAUCUCGUGAUGCAUUCGGAGGGGAGUAAGAGAAUGGAAGAAACUGUUGAUGAGUAUUUUGAUGAAUUAAUAUCUAUGUCGUUUUUUCAACUGGGAAUCGAUUACAUUUCUGAGCCGUAUUUUGUUAUGCAUGACCUUAUAGUUGAUUUGGCUAGAGUUGUUUCUGGAAAAUAUUGUUGUUUGUUAGAGCAUAAUGAAGAUAUUGAUAAGUUUGAGAAGAAGACUCGUCACCUUGGAUGUGCCACGGAAGUCCUUUGUUAUGGUGAUAAGAUAUCUACUUAUGAUUUUAAAGCUACUCGUUUGCGAACCCUUUUGUCAAUAAGAUCUGGUUUUGGUGGUUCAUUGGUUCCUAAGGAAGUAGUGCACGAUUUGCUGCCGAAGUUGAAGUGUUUGAAAGUUUUAUCUUUUCGUGGUUGUGGUAUCACUGAUUUGGCUGAUUCAAUCGGUGAUCUAAAAUAUCUUCGCUAUUUAGACCUUUCUGGCACCGACAUUGUGAUGUUGCCCGAAUCUGUAACUCUAUUGUACAAUUUACAGACAUUUAAAUUAGAAAAUUGUCGUCUACUUGAAACUCUCCCCAAAGAUAUGCACCUCCUAAUUAAUUUGAGACAUCUUAUUAUCAGGCAAGAGGUGUCAUAUGACUUUGGGUCGUUGAAAGAGAUGCCAAGCCAAAUAAGUAAAUUGAUAAAUCUCCAAAUGUUGACAACAUUCGUUGUGGGAAAGGAUAGUGGUGCUAAAAUAGAAGAGUUGGCAAAACUUUCAAGUCUACGCGGAGAACUUUCCAUUCAGAAGUUAGAAAAUGUGGCCAAUAUUACAAAAGCAUCGGAUCAAGUCAAUGUACUAAAUAAGAAGCAACUUGAGAAAUUGAGUUUGGUAUGGACUGCUGGUGAUGUUGAUCCAAAACAUGGAGAGAGUGUGCUUGAAAUGCUUUCACCUAACACAACGUUGAAGCAGAUCAAGAUUCUUAAUUACCCUGGCACAAAAUUUCCAAAUUGGAUUGGGGAUGAUUCGUUCAGCAACAUUGUUGACAUAGAGCUUAGUGGGAGUCAGCAUUGCUCCAAUUUACCACCACUUGGGCAACUGCCUUCACUAAAAUUUCUUCACAUUUCAAGUUUUCAUUCAGUAACGACUGUGGGUGCUGAGUUUUACGGGAAUAGUUCUGCGAAGAAGCCAUUUUCAUCAUUGGAAACCUUAAGGUUCAGCUUCAUGUCAUCAUGGGAGCAAUGGCAUUCAAUACAAACUGAAGAUGCAGCAACAUAUGGAAAGCUCAAAACACUUGAGAUUUCUUUUUGUCCUAAGCUCAUUGGGGAUUUGCCUCGCUUCCUUCCUUCAUUAACAAAGAUUGAAAUUGAUGCAGAUAAGCAGUGUGCUUUAAAUAUCCCAAGAUUACCUUGUGUCACAGAAAUGGGAAUUAAAAAAUUGGAAAAUGUGGAAUCAUUGUACGAGGCAAUAAAGGCAAUAAAUCCUUCUUCUUCGACUGGAAGUUUGCUUACCACUCUCAUUCCUCUUCAGUCACUUACUUUGAAUAACUGUGGGUCAUCCUUUAGAUCCUUCCAUAUGGAUUUAUUUCCCACUCUCCGAACUCUUAAAAUAGAGGACUGCCAUUACUUUGAAGCCCUCUCAAUGUCCGAUGGUCAAUGUCAGGAACUAACUUCUCUGACUAUCUUUAACUGUCCUAGCUUUGUGUCUUUCCCAAAUGGUGGACUUAUUGCUCCCAAACUGAGUGACUUGAAUAUCAAUUAUUGCCCUGAAUUGAAGUGGUUGCCUGAGAAGAUGAUUUCCCUCUCAUCUUUGAAAUCUUUGGAAAUGAGAGGUUGUCCGUUGGUAGAGACUAUUCCUGAAGGUGGUCUGCCCAUUAGUUUGUCUAAACUUGGGAUAUACUAUCAUCAACUUUUGAGGAUAAAAUGGAAUUGGCAAACAUUACCCAAUCUCAGGAAUGUUACAGUUGACGGAUAUAAAGAAGAUUUGGAAUCAUUUCCGGAGGAAGGACUACUGCCUGCCACUAUCACCUCUCUUUCUAUCGAUACAUUUUCAAAACUUAGAGGCCUGGACAAAAAUGGGCUGAGUCAACUCACCUCCUUGCAACAACUUGACAUCUGGUCGUGUCGUGAGUUGCAGACAUUAUCAGAAGAAGGGUUUCCAACCUCCCUCAGCUCUUUGCAGAUAUGGAAUUGUCCUCUGGUGAAGAAAAUUUAUGACACAAAGGACAGUGAGAAUAAGGAGUACUGGAGAAAGAUUAGUCACAUCCCACAUGUUGUAUUUUUUUGAGCUUUGCAUUUACCAUAUGUCACAUCCCAAUCUUUCACACAGCUACUCUGAAUGUUAAAUCAAAUAAUUGAGUUAUUGCAGCAUUACUAUGAGAGCUACAACUGUUGAAAUCCAUAUCAGUUCAGAAUGGACCAAAAUAUCAAAAUGGGAACUCAGAACAAUAUAUUCACAGCUAGAUCAGCUUCUAUCAUGGAGUAAUUUUAUGUUCACAAGUCUAUGGAUUCAUUUCAAGAGAUGGAAGUGUACUAGCCCGGAUUUUUUAUUUUAUUUUAUUUUACAUUUUAUUUUAUGUAAGACAAAUUUUGUGAAUGAAUUUUUAUUAAGAGUUCGAAUAAUAAUUAGUGAAUAUUAUUUUAACUAAAUUUUAACUUAGAGGUCUGAAUAAAAAUGGGCUUAGACAACUCACCUCCUUGCGAAGCCUUUCAAUCCGUAAGUGCCAUAAGUUGGAGAUAUUGUCAGAAGAAGGGUUUCCAAUCUCCCUCAUCUCUUUGUUGAUAUGGGAUUGCCCUCUGCUGAAGAAAAUUUACAGCCCAAAGGAGAGUAAGAAUAAGGAGUAUUGGAGCAAGAUUAGCCAUAUACACUAUGUUGAAUUUCUCUAAGCUUGCAUUUACCAUCCAUCACAUGCCAAUCAUCUAGACUACAAUAACUUCGGCUUUAUGUAUACUGAGACUCUAAGAGUGGAACUAUUUGUGCAAGAUCAUUAGAAUUGAACACUUUGAAAGAAGCUUGUUGAAAUCGGUUACCAAAUGAAAGGUCUUGUUACUUCUAUUUUCUUAACUUACUUUUGUUAAGUGUGUAUAAAAGGGUGUCACCUCUCUUUGUUUUUUACUUACUGAUCAUUUUGUAAUAAAAGUAAGAAAACUUUGAGUGUGGUGUGUGAAGACAAGAGAGAUUGGAUUGUUGUGAGUUCUGGGAUUUCUUUGUACAGGGAAGUGAGAAUAUUAUAGAAGAGGGUGACACCAUUGUUUUGUGCUACCAUUACAGAUUAGUGCAGAGGAGAGAACCAGCUCUAUAUAUCUUGGUGUUCGCUUCUAUUAUUGUUCUAAUAUUCUCUAGUUCAAUUAAUAUUUGUUACUUAGUGUUCGAAUUUCUGGUUUGAACAAGUGCUGUCAGUUUUGCUUUCUUGGUUGUAUGCAUUGUCUAUUGCAGGUUAGAUUGAAGUCUAGAAGAUGUGUACUAAAGAGAGGUAGGUGUGGUGUUUGAUUGCGUGACUAUAUAGGGACCUUGUUGACUCUGCUGCCUUGGACGUAGGACCUGAUUAUUUACGACAUCCCUCUGCUAUUUGAGUAUAAUUGAUUGUCCUCUGCUGAAGAAAAUUUACGACACAAAGGAGAGUGAGAAUAAGGAGUACUCGAGCAAGAUUAGUCACACGCCACAUGUUAAAUAUAUUUGAGCUUGCAUUUACCUCAUUCAGACAACUCUGAACAUUAAAUCAAUUAAUUGAGCUUCACCAUGCUUUCACCACUUAACCAAUGCCUAAUGGUUAAAGUCUGGCUUUAGCACAUUCCCAGGUUAGAUUGAAGUUGGUGUUGAGUGUUGCAUCCUCAACAAAGCUCUUGAGUCCCUUGUUACAAUUUCAGAUGACGAUAAGAAAGCCCUGUUUUCGGUGGACUGACUUGAGUUUGUUCAACCAAUGGAGUGCAUGAGCUACUAAUUUAAAUGAGGUGUGUUUACAAUUUACAGUUUGGGUUCACAUUGUCAAAUCACACUGCUUGAAUCUUGUAUGUUUUGUAUGUAUUUUUCUUCGAUUAAUCGUUGAUCUAGAGAGGUAUUAUUUUACAUAUCCUCAAAACUUUUUGUUAGUUAUUGCAGAACCCCUAUGAGAGCUGCAACUGUUGAAAUCCAUAUCAGUUCAGAAUGGACCAAAAUAUCAAAAUGGGAACUCAGAACAAUAUAUUCACAGCUAGAUCAGCUUCUAUCAGGGAGUAAUUUUAAGUUCACAAGUUUAUGGAUUCAAUUCAAGAGAUGGAAGUCACACUUGGGAAAGCUAUAAGAUUGGGACAAGUUUAUGGGUUCACACAUGCUGCUUUGGUGGAUUGGGAGCCAUGAGGCACAUUAAAGUGUCCCUCCAACUUGCAGAUUUCGACACAUAAAGAUCAAAGUUGCUAAGGAACUGAACUCCAUCUUCAGUUUCUGCUGUUGCUCAUUGAAUUUUCUUACUCCUUCAAUCAUUUCAUCCAACACAUCUUGAGGUAUCCCAUGGUUAAUAACAAGCUUCUCUGAUUUCGCCUACGAUCGUUUCAUCCAUAUUUUGAAGGUCCACAGUUGGUGCUUUGAACUGGGGGUAGCCUGAGUGACCAUCUGACAUAAUAGAUGAUGAAUAAUCUUCAGGUGGCAUAACAAGGAUUUCAGGAAGAGUAGCAAUCCCAGCAUCAACAAGUCCUUUCACACCAGCCUUUGUGUCAUCAAAGUCUCUCAAUGCUUUUGCUCUGUCAUAAACCUCUUUACUCUCAGCUUCUGAAUUCUCUUCUUCUAGAUUGAAAUCCAUUUUUGUUAACUUAGAAGCCUCUUGCCUUGAACUUAUUCUGCUUUAAAUUGAUGUAGUUGUAUUUAGUUAAGUAAAAAUAAUAAUAUCUGUUGUAUGUGCUUAUGGAACUAACAGAGAAUUGUCAAUAUUGAUUCAAUUUGAAUAGAGAAAUUGGGAUAGUAAAGC